AUGGAAGUUAAAGAAGAUGAGAAAGCAUACAGAUCUGUAUCGCAGUGGUUUCCUAACUCUGAGUGCAUGAAGCGUUUGCCAUUACCCCAGUUCGUUGCCGAACACAAUGUUGAUAUAAGCAAAAAGCUCAAGCGCACAGGGCUCGGGAUCAAAGCAGAGCUUACAAGUAUCCUUAACUCGGUACCGCAGAAAAGUAAUGCUGCAGUGACGGCGCCGAAACAAGAGAGUAAUCUGAUGGAUUCGCUGAAUGCUAUUCCGCUCGAUGUCUUGUUGACCUACGUUCAUAAACAAGCUGAAGCUCUUGAAACUGCGCAUACUGCUCUCGACCAGAGCCGGUCUAAGGGAAUUCGCAAAGCCUGGUCGAAGACAGAAGAAUUCGUGGUUCAGUUCGAUAGAUUCCUCAACGCUUACUCCGGCAUCUUGGGUAUUGUCACUUUAGCUGACGCUCAAUAUGGUGGAGUAGCUGGUGCGACACUUGCGUUGCUCUUUUCGACUGUGAAGCUCAAGAUCAAGAAUGAAGAGGCCAUCGUAUCCGCAAUGGUGCAGAUAUCUGAUCGUCUCCCGGAUUUGGCAGUGUACCGCAAGAUUUACCCCGAGCCCGAAUUGGGGAAGAUGCUUAUCGAAGCAUACAAAAGAAUUAUCCUUCUUGCGCGUGAAGCGACGUCGUAUUUCCUUGGGUCCACUUGGGGACGCCAACUGAUCAACUUUGGGAACCCUCUUAUGUUUGAGCUCAUGGAGCAGGAUAUGAGGAAGAUCCUCAGUCGUAUCCGGACGAGAUGCGAGGUUCUUUUGGCGCAACGAGUAGAUCAACUCGCAAACGAGCUCAAAGAUAUGCAAGAGCGCGAAGAUAGAAGUAUGGUCGUUUCACUACGCGAAAGACUGAAGAUUGGAAACUAUCGAACCGAAGAUGCUGCCUUGUCGCUGAAGCAAUACCGAGAAACGCUGGGGUCCAGCUUCGAUGACGACAGGCAUCGCUCAAAGCUACGCAAGUCGGAUCUCAUGGCUGAUAAUAGGGCUCGCUGCUGGCAAGAAGGCUCCUCUUGUCUAUUGAUGCUCUCGGGUCGGAACGAAGAAGGUGUCAGUGAGGUAGCAAUGUCUUGGCUAUCACCUGUAGCUGUUGAUAUCGUCCUCGAUCUGCUAUCUCAACGUCGACUGGUUGCCUUCGAGGUUUGUAUCAGAUCGAGUACAUUGCAGAAUACGCUGGCACGAUUCAUCUUCCAGCUGCUAGAAAAGAACCCUGCCGUGGUUCGCAGAGGCCAGGAUUGGUACGAUAUCGAGUCGCAUAUUGCUUGGGACGGAGAUUCAGAUGAAAGGACCCAGCAUCUUUGCAAAGCCUUACUCAAGAUCAUUGAUUUGCAGAAUGACGAGGUGUUCAUCAUCCUAGACAGGCCUGAGCUGAGUGACGAUGAUUCCGUCGGAGCUUUCGCUUCUAGCAUGCUCCACUUGGUCGAGCAGACGAAGGGUGUUUUGAAGGUUCUCAUCGUCCAUCGAGCUGAACUGUGGAACUGGGAGGAAAACCAGGGAAGCGUCAUCAAGAAGAGUACGAGACGCAACGUCUGCCAAGCGCUUCGCAUCGAUCAAUGUCGUCUGGGGAGUGAACAUAUUGAAUAA